AUGCAUGGACCGGUCAAGGAGUGGCACACAGGUGGCUGGGAGGUCCGCCAGUUCUGCAGUCAACUACUGGACACUCUGUUCUUCGUGCACGUCGCGCCGAGUUACUGGGAAAGCCGUAUACACCUUAGGGCCACACUGUUCGAAGAAGCCGCACGAGCAGCUUUCAACUGGACGGGCGUCUUCUUCGUCGGACAAGCCAAGGACCCCUUGGUCAACGAUUGGACGAAGCUCGAAGCCGAGGUGAUGGGAGACGUCGUGGUAUUCGAUUACAACGACACCUACUUCACCACCGUCUACAAGUUCGUCCGCGGCAUGCGGUGGGUGAACGAAUAUUGUCCCAAGGUGCGGAACAUCGUCAAGAUCGACCAUGACGUCGGCGUGGACCCAUUUGAGCUUCGGCGAUACCUGAACGAGAAUCUGCCACUGAAGAACAGCUCGAUCCAUUGCAACGUGUUGAGCUACACUGACGUAUUACGAGACGGCGGCGACUCACACUGCGUCCCGGAGGACCAGCUUGCCAUGGACUUCUACCCGCACUACUGUUCCGGUCUUUCCAUGAUGAUGACGACGGACACGAUGAGGAAGCUGUACAGGGCCUCGAAGUUUGUCAAGGGUUAUCAGAUCGACGACGCCUACGUGAGCGGACAUCUCGCCCUGUUGGCCAACGUUGGACACGUGGACAUUGACACAAAAAUGAGCUUCGAUACCUGGGAUGUCAACACCGAACGCAUGCUCAAACGUAAUGCGAUCUUCACGCACGAGCGCUCUGCCUACGGAAAUUCCGUUGGCCGGAGAGCGCAGUGGGAACUGAUGAUCUGGACGCAAAUGACAGAAACUCCUGGUAGACACGCGUUCAAUUCCUCUUGCCGACUGGUCGACCAGAUGUACAGGCGCGCUUUUCACGAGACGCGACGUGCCUUAGGAAGACGACUGCAGUUGCCGCCGCUUAACUUGUCUUCGUAUUUGCAAGGAAUGCCUUACGCGUCGUCCGCGCUGAGCACUAAGGAGUAUAAGAACGGACAGUGA